CCAGGGACAUUCUUCAACUUUUGAACUGCUAGUGCCACUCAAAACACUGCCUCAUUCCCGUAAGCUUGCUGAAACAUGGUCAGUGUCUCUAGCAGACUUACUAAGCUUAACGCAAAAUUUCACAUUGGCUCAUUGUUCCUGGCCAUUUCAAAAUUGCCGACUACAACACACACAUGAUCAUGAAAACAUAAAUUUCACAACUUCUGAAGUAAACACAACAAUGUCACCGCUAGCUCUCACUGCACAUACAACCACGUGCUGCCAUCUACUUGCAUGCUACAGAGUCUGGAAACUUUUUGAUACCACAUUGUAUGUGUGGUAUAUAAAUUAAUCUCAGAACUUGAGGCAAUCCAAUGAAGCUACACGAAGAAGAUAGCCUCUAUGCAGCAUAUAAGCUAUUGGAAAGACUCAAGAGAUUAAGACUCUAUUUCUUAGAGCGUAGGCGAGAAAGGUAUGCCAUAAUAUACAUCACAAGACUUUGGUUGACCUGGGACUAGAGGAGAAGAUACAUAUCCAACAUGUCACACAGUGAAAAUGAACACAAGACCCACAUAGUUUCAAAACAAGCUUCUUGUUCUGUACAUAUAAUAUAUCUUCACCAUUAUAUAAUACAUCUUCAAAAGAGGUAGAGUACAGUUCAGUUGUUCAGGUAAAUGUUUAUUCCUACAGCUUAACUCUAAAAAUACACUAGAAUUUAUCCAGUCGUAUUUUAAAUAUUCCCUUUAUCUUAUACUGUUGUUUCUCUGGUAUUUCAGGCAUUGGCACCAAAGAAUUCUAUACAUCGUCAAUGUCUAUCAUCUUUUGAAGACUGAACGAAAAUGUCAGACAGGAAAGCCAUAACUCUCCUUAUGUAAGUCUAUGGCAACUUACAGGCAAAUAUAUUUUGUAAACUGAGAUUGAUAGCAAUAAUUCUUUUGUUGACUGUCUGGAAUAUGAACAAGAUGACUUUGCAUUUGAGUUAAAAAAGGACUUAACAACUUGUUCAAGAUAUUGACAAAAAUCAUAGUAAUAGAAAUAUUUAAUAGCAAUAAAAUAUAGAAAUGUAAAGAAGAUAAAUAUCUCUAUAUUGUCAUGAGAAAAGAUAAACAAUGGAAGUUGAAUGUUGUGUGAAUAAGUUUAAAUAUAAAACACAAAAGAAUUGAUUUGCCUAGUGACAUGAGUAAAGAGCAAGGGAAAACAUCACACCACUGUGAUGCUUGUGGGAAAUCAUUUUCUAACAGUCGUACAUUAAUAACACACAGAUACACUCAUACAGGAGAGAAACCAUAUCAGUGUGAUAUCUGUGGUAAAUCAUUCACUGGAAGUGGUAACUUAAAAACACACAAACGCAUUCAUACAGGAGAGAAGCCAUAUCACUGUGAUAUAUGUGGUAAAUCAUUCUCUGUGAGUAGCAGCUUAAUUAAACACCGACGUAUUCAUACAGGAGAGAAACCAUAUCACUGUGAUAUCUGUGGCAAAUCAUUCUCUCAAAGUGGGGAUUUAACUGUUCACAAACGUAUUCAUACAGGUGAGAAUCCAUAUCACUGUGAUAUUUGUGGCAAAUCAUUCUCUCAAAAUCAUCACUUAACUGACCACAAACGUAUUCAUUCUGGAGAGAAACCAUAUCACUGUGAUAUAUGUGACAAAUCAUUCUCUAAAAGUUGUAACUUAAUGACACACAAACGUAUUCACACAGGUGAGAAACCAUAUCAUUGUGAUGUGUGUGGCAAAUCAUUUUCUGUAAAGAGUUACUUAACUAGACAUAAGUAUAUUCAUACAGGAGAGAAACCAUAUUAUUGUGAUGUUUGUAGUAAAUCAUUCUCUGGAGGUAACGACUUAACUAAACACAAACGCAUUCAUACAGGAGAGAAACCAUAUCAUUGUGAUAUCUGUGGCAAAUCAUUCUUUCAAAGUAGUAAUUUAACUAUACACAAGCGAAGUCAUACAGGAGAGAAGCCAUAUCACUGUAAUAUAUGCUAUAAAUCAUUCUCUGAAAGUUGUAAGUUAGUGAUACACAAAAGUAUUCAUACAGGAGAAAAACCAUUUCAGUGUGAUAUCUGUGGCAAAUCAUUCUCUGUAAAGUGUUACUUAAAUAAACACAAACACAUUCACACAGGAGAGAAAUCAUAUUGUGAUAUUUGUGGUAAAUCAUUCUCUACAAGUAACAGCUUAACUAAACACAUACGUGUUCAUACAGGAGAGAAACAAUAUCAGUGUGAUAUCUGUGGUAAAUCAUUCUCUCAAAAUUGUCACUUGACUGAACACAAACGAAGUCAUACAGGAGAGAAACCAUAUCAUUGUAAUAUCUGUGGUAAAUCAUUCUCUCAAAGUCAUCACCUAACUGAACACAAACGAACUCAUACAGGAGAGAAGCCAUAUCACUGUGAUGUUUGUGGUAAAUCAUUCUCAGAAAGUUGUAACUUAACAACACACAUACGUAUUCACACAGGUGAGAAACCAUAUCAUUGUGAUAUCUGUGGCAAAUCAUUCUCUUUUAGAGGUAAUUUAACUAAACACAAACAAAUUCACAUGGGAGAGCAAUCAUAUCAGUGAUAUCUGUAGAAAAUUAUUCUCUCAAAGUAGAGAUGUUACCAUUCACAAAUGUAUUCAUGCAAGAGAUCCUGUGGUAAAUCAUUCUCUCAGAAUCCUUCUCAGACUCAACACAGUCUUACGUUAAACACAAACAUUCACACAACGUAGUAGCCAUAUCUCUAUUAUAUCUGUGGUAAAUUAUUCUCUCAAAAUGGUCACUUCACUUCACUCAUAUUUAUUCAUACAGGAGAGAAGCCAUAUAAAUUUGUUAUCUCUAGUAAAUCUUUGUCUAGAUCAAGUAAUUUAGCUACAUAUGAGAAACGAUGUAUGAUAUUUAUGGCUGAUCUUUCCUCAAAGGAUUCACUUAACAAAACGUCGGUAUUCAUAUACCACAGUAACUGUCUGUGAAAAUUCAAGUCAUUAGUGAUAGUUUCAAUAAAUGAUGAAUUUAUUUCGUAUUGCAUUUAAUAUACCUUUAUUUCCCAUUAUUAUCCAAGUUCAUUCUACUGCUCACUGAAUUAUUUUCUUAACUCUUGGUUUUUUUAUUGUAUAUAUAUUUUUUA